ACACUCAGUUAAGAUAUUCCUUUAUUAGUCCCACAUUGGAGACUUUUGCAGUACAGCAGCAGAGUACACAGAGAAACUGCAUAAUGACAAUAUCAAGUACUUACAUACAUACAUAAUACAAUAAUAUAAUAUGUACAAUUAGAUAUUUAAGUAUAACAAAAAGAUUAGCAGCAGUUUAUUAGGUGCACUUACCUAAAACCUAGCUAUUAACUAGCACUCUAAUAGACAUUUGUGGUAAUUUUGUUACAUCGUCGUUACAUAAUAAUAUAAACUGUAGGUCUCAUCUUUCUAAAGUUCAUUUUGUGGUAUAAAGUACCAAAACGAUUCAAUUUUUUUAAUCCAUUUUAAACUCAAGUUAUAACUAACAUCUACAGCCCCCCUUCCCCUCUUGGACCUGCUAAAAUUAUUUUAUCAAGUGAUGGUGUUUGUGUUUUUUUUUUCCAAAUUAAAUAACGUGUUAUUAAUUUCCGUACAAAUACACUGUUGAACAUCGCUGGGAUGCGUUCAAAAGCGUCCAAUUUGCCUCUGUGUCGUGCUUCGUGUGGUGCGUUCAGGAGCGUCGUUGUUCUGAGGCGCUUUUAUUCUCCCCACCGCAGCAGCGGUAGCGGUAGCGGUAGCGGCGGCGGCGGCGGCAGCGGCAGCGUCUUGUCUUGGUGAAAGCGGAGUUUCCCUCAGCCAGCAGCAGCAGCAGCAUCAUCCAUUUCAGCAUCAGUGUUACAGUGGUCAAAUCACCACAUCCCCCCCCCGGACUCUCAGCUCUUCACUGGGAUGUCGUCGUCGAGUAUCUGGAGGGAGGAUUCGGUCGGGAGAGCCGAUGCUAGACGACACCUUUCCGCCGUGUUUCUUCGAGCGUGACUGGAAGGGAGAGGAGCGGCGAUGGAUGAAGGCAGGAGGGGACAAAUAAAAUUUUGAUAAACGCUGGGUUUAGCCGGCUAACGCUAGCACGCUAACGUUAGCUAGCCCUCAGCCUCCCCCGUCACCCCCCCUUUUUCCCCAUUCAGUGACCGAUGUGGUGUUUUCCUCCCAUGAAUAAAAAACACUCCUUAAUGCCUUUUUAUAUUCAAGUCGAGACAUGCUGGAGUCAGCGAGGACAUUUCUCUCAAGGAUAAAGCACCGUAGCUGUCUACUAGCCUCCCAACGGUAACGCUAGCUAACCGUGAGCAUCGUUAACCGUUAUCUUUUUUUUUUUUUUUCUACCGUUAUUUUUUUUUUCUUCUCGCUCAUCUGAAGAACAAGAUGCUGGCAGAGGAGGAGUGUGUCUAACCGUGAACCUGAACUCGCAUGGAUACACACUCCAUGAAGGUCAUGAUACUGAGAGAAUGAUCAUGCUGGAAAAACAGAGCUCGACGCAGGAGAUCGGCGAGGAGGCCGAGGAGGACGCCAUCUUCACCAUCACGCUGAGGAAGGUGCAGCUCCACCAGUCGGCCAGCAAAGGGCAGCGAUGGCUGGGCGUGGAGACGGACGCCGCCCUGAGCCUCUACGAGACCUGCAAGGUGCGGACCAUCAAGGCCGGCACGCUGGAGAGGCUGGUGGAGUACAUGGUGUCGGCGUUCAGGGGCAAAGACUCCACCUACGUCACCAUCUUCCUCUGCACCUACCGCUCCUUCGCCACCACCAAGCAGGUGCUGGAUCUCCUGCUCAACAGGUAUGCCAAGCUCCAAAAUGUGCCUGCAGCCACAGCUCACAGAGUCUCCCAGGACGACUGCACAGAGCUGAGAAACACUGUUUCGUCCAUCCUGGGCGCGUGGCUGGACCAGUACUCUGAGGACUUCUGGAGCCCCCCCAACUACGACUGUCUGCACCAGCUCCUGUCCUACCUUCACCUCCACUUCCCCGGCUCGGACCUGGAGCGCCGCGCCCGCAACCUGCUAGCCCACUUCCACCGCCGACAGCAGUGUGAGCCUGAUCCUGAUGGGGAACACAUCGGCUGCCCUUUUGCUACGCAGGAAGAGAGCGGCUUUGAGGACGAACUUCCUGCUUUUAGCUUCCUGUCGUUUGACCCCAUCAUGGUCGCGGAGCAGUUCACGCUCAUGGACGCGGAUCUGUUUAAGAAGGUGGUGCCCUACCACUGCCUCGGGGGUAUCUGGUCUCAGCGGGAUAAGAAGGGGAAGGAGCACCUGGCUCCCACCAUCAGAGCCACCGUGGCCCAGUUCAACUCCGUCACCAACUGUGUCAUCACCACCUGCCUGAGCAACCCGACGCUGAAACCCAACCAGAGAGCGCGGCUGCUGGAGAGGUGGAUAGACGUGGCCCGGGAGUGUCGGAUCCUGAAGAACUUCUCCUCGUUGCGCGCCAUCCUCUCCGCCCUGCAGUGCAACGCCAUCCACCGCCUGAAGAGGACCUGGGAGGAAGUGUCACGGGAGAGUUUCCGCACUUUCCGCGAGCUGUCAGAGAUCUUCUCAGACGACAACAACUACUCCCUCAGCCGAGAGCUGCUGGUGAAGGAGGGAACGUCCAAGUUCGCAACUUUGGAAAUCAACCCCAAACGAGCUCAGAGGAGACACCAGCAGCAGAGAGACCUGGGAGUGAUGCAGGGGACGAUUCCUUACCUGGGGACCUUUCUGACGGACCUGGUGAUGAUGGACACUGCCAUGAAGGAUUACACUGAGGGUGGUCUCAUCAACUUUGAGAAGAGAAGAAAGGAGUUUGAGGUGAUCGCUCAGAUCAAACUGCUCCAGCUCGCCUCCAACAACUACAGUUUCACUCAGGACAGCCACUUCAGAGAGUGGUUCGCAGGCGUGGAGAAGCUCAGCGAGGCAGAGAGCUACAACCUGUCCUGUGAGAUCGAGCCUCUGUCAGAGUCGGCCAGCAACACGCUCAGGGCCAAGAAGAACGGAGGCAUCAUGAAACGCUGGAGCGACCGGCAGUUGACGGAGGCGGGCUCCAGCGGCGCCGCAGGCUCCCAUUCCAAGUCCUUCGACCACUCGCACUACAGACCGUACCAAGGAGGCGGGGGGGACAGCGGCGACGCUCUCAGCGUCACCUCCGUCAGCUCCAGCGGUUCAGACCUGGAGGACGUGAACGCCAGCUUCCUGUCCGACUCCCCCGAAGGACACGAGAGAAAGACGUCGACUCCUUCAGUGAAACUCACCGUCUCUGCUUUGGGGAGAGAAGCUCCAGCAGCAGAUACAACGUCAACACCUCCUGUGAAAACGCUGAUGUUCUCUCCUCCCCGUCCUCUUCAGUUCUGGGAGUGCACGUCUCUGUCGUCUCUGGACACGUCCGGGACGGGCUCCAGCUCCGGCUCGGCCUCCGGCUCCAGCAGCGCCUCGUCCUCCUCCGUCUCCUCCUCCACGCCGCUGUCGGCCUCCCGCUCGCACAAACGCUCGGUGUCGGCGGUGUCGAACUAUUCCACCCUGUCGCUGCCGCUGUACAACCAGCAGGUGGACGACUGCUGCAUCAUCAGGGUCAGCCUGGACGUGGAGAACGGCAACAUGUACAAGAGCAUCCUGGUGACGAGUCAAGACAAGACUCCAGCCGUCAUCAGGAAGGCCAUGAUCAAACACAACCUGGAGAGAGAGAAGACGGAGGAGUACGAGCUGAUGCAGAAAAUCUCUGAGGACAAAGAGUUGCGGAUCCCGGACAACGCCAACGUCUUCUACGCCAUGAACUCCACUGCCAACUACGACUUUGUGCUGAAGAAGCGCGGCCUGGGGCGGCCGGUGCGGGCCAAGAACGUGGCCAGUUCGACGCUGCCUCGCAUGAAACAGAAGGGACUGAAAAUUGCGAAAGGGAUCUUCUGAGGAGAGAAAUGCGCCGCCUCCUGCCUCCCCCUCCACCCCCUCAACCCUCUCAGGCCUCCGCUCCUCAGAGGAAACAUUUCUGUUCGCGUCUGUUGGAGGGAAACUUAACCUGAAGUAUCUGAGUUUUGGUUUUGGACAAAGACUUGAGAUGCCAGAGGAGAAAACGACCAAGCAGCUUUCCUGCGGAUCAGCAGGAAGCGGAGGAGCAUCUUAGCACUUAGCAACAGCUGAGGCCGAGUCCGUCGCAGGAAACGCCCACGUAGAAGCUGUUUCUGUUCGGCCGCAGGUUCCUGGAAGCAGAGGGACACGCAGGUGGGGAAAACAAGCAGCCGCGUCGGGGACGUGCGCUGCUGCUCAGUGGCUGAACCAGUCGAACUCUCUCACCGGCGUCACGUGACUGGUCGUGUCGAGUGUGGAGAAGCAGAUCCAUUUCAUUUCCUGGUCCAUUACUUUUUGUUUACAUUUGUUUACAUUUGAACAUCAGCUGGUCAGAUCUUACAGACAUUCCUCUCAGUCCUCUUGCUCACUGGAGGAGUUUUGCACCUUCGAUGAAACACUUUUUUUAAACCCCUCAGCAGCCGCCAUCCCUCUGCAGUCGUCUCGCACGCCCCCUCCUGGCAUGGAGUGUACAUAAGUGAACAAUACGAAGCCGCAGCAAUCAGCUGGGCGUUCGAAUGUGUUUCUAUUUUUUCAGGGAACUUUUGUCGUGACUGUGCCGCCGCCUUUACCGUCUCGCCGCCAGGGCUCCUGAUGUCGACAGCGUCCCCUGAGACCGCGGCUCUGAACCUUCGGCUCUCUCUCCGCUCUCGGACGCUGGGACUCAUGUCGGCAUUUUAACACCAGCGACACUGACGUGGAGGAAUCUGAACUCUUUUAACUUCUGAACGCUGCCAUGUUACAAAAAAAAAACCUAAACAAAAGGUCAAGUCAAAAUGGAGACAUGGUGUCGAAACCCGGUCCUGUGGGCACAGCCAUGAAUCAUAUGCCACUAUUUUCUUUUCUUUUUGUUAUGAAUGGUAACCACUACACCGUGAAGGAGGUGGUCGUCCUGUGACUGGGACGGUUUGUUAGUGGAGAACAAACGAGCUGAAAACAAAACAAAACAAAAACUGAGUGUAUAUAUCAUUAACACCGACUGUGCAGUACGUUCCCUCCAGAUGGACCAUGAGAUUUUGUUAAUAGACUUAUCGCGAUAUCAACACUUUUUUUUUCCACUUUGCUUUGUACAUUAUUUUUUGUUUGUUUUCUUGCAUCUCUCUGCUCUGAUGGUGCUGCUAAUUAUCUUUCUGAAGAGGUCGUACGAGCUGCACGUCACUGCUCUCUCUACUUCCUGUCCACCGGCCGCCAUGUUGGAAGAAACAUCGGAAACAUAAUUCACCGCCUUUGCUGUCCUCAGAAAGUUCUUCAGUUUUCGAACAGACAAAACGGGAAGAGAAAAAGUAGAUGCAACGGGUUAAAAAAGAAAUAAAAAAUACUAAUAGUUAGUUGAUUAAUUUAAUUUAAUUUUGAUAAUGGAAGAGCAAAGAUUCAAACAUUUACUACAUGACAUACUUUCCUCUUUCUUCUCUGUUGUUUCUGACAAGAGAUGUUCACAAUGCAAAAUGUAAAAUCCAAAUUAUGAGACACAAAGUCAAAAUGAUCAUAUCAAGUAAAUAAUUUGACUUUGUAUCAUAUAAUUUUGAAUUGCGAUUACUUGGGCUGCAGAGAGCAACUUUUACUAUUGAUUACCGGUAUUUUAAUAGUAGUAAGAGCGAAAAAUGCCUGUUAUUUUUCUAAAGCUCAAGUGAAUGUGUUCAAAGAAAAGCAGGAAAUGUAACAUUUGAGAAUCUUAAAUGAAAUUAUUAUCCAAACCAUGAUUAAUAACUAUCUAAAUAUUUCUGGAUCAAUUGUCUGGCAGGAAUGAGCUUCCAUCUGAAAAUAGAUUUCGAUCAAAAACAUUUAAUAUAAUUGAAUUUGACCGUAAUAAUUGCAAAUAAGAUAAAGUUUAAACAUCAUUCAUUCAUUAAUCAACAUUCAUUAAACAUUUAUUGUUUUGAGGAAACAUCAAACAUCUGAGACGCUAAAAUCUGACUUUUUAUUUUAGUGUUAGCAGCAGUGAAGGCUGGCCUACUGCACCCACUCAGUAGUGUUUUCAGAUUCAUUAUUUUAUAGGAUGAUAAUAAUAAUAAUAAUAAUAAUAAUAAUGAUAAUAAUGAUAAUAAUAAUAAUGAUCUACCUUGAGCUGCACUACAGAAACUCUGGGACACAACAGACAGCGACAUAAGAACCAUGAUAUUGUGGUUUCUCUCUGUCUGUGGUCACUGAGGAUAAAAGAACAAUAUUCAAACUGAUAUUUUUGGUUUAACCCUGGACUGUACCACUGAACGGGCAGAGGUGAUGAACUGUGGGUCUUUGUUCUUCCAACACGGCGGCUCAUUCUUCAUAUUCAUUAGUAACCACUCUCCAAAUGUGCCAUGACGGGCCUGUGCGUCUCGGACGCAGCAGACGAGUCCUGCUGAUUUAUCCCGCAGGAUGUUUUUCUGUGGUUAACGUGUCGCUGAUGGCAGCAAAGUCUCUUCCUGUGUGGGCUCUGACUCGCAGUCGGAGUGGAAACGAUGCAGUUUGAUGGUUUCCAGAGCUGGAACAGUUUGAAUGAGACUGUGCGUAGGAGCCCGACUGAAGGAUAACGACGCUGCCAAACUGCACAUGAGGGAACAAACUCUUCUUUCUUGUCUGUGUGCUGUCCUCCAGCUGUUUCUGUUAAAGGAAAAAUCCAACCUAAAAACAUCUUAUCACUCUUAAACAAAGCAGUUCUGGGGUUCGUAUUUCGUUAAUGUUGCAUCGUUGAGAUAUUUCUAACAGCUACUACACAGCAGUCGUUGUUAAAGGGCUUCUUUUCUGGAUUGUGCAGUUUCUCCUGCAAGUUAAACACCGACCCGUUUGUUUGCUGCCUCUGUGCAGCUCAGGCACAUGUACAGUUUCAAAGCUAAAGAUUCACCAUCGAAAUCCUUUGCUGUUUCUGACAGAACGAGUCCUUCAUUUCAGAAGAAAGUAGACAAGAGUUGAUUUUAUGAUAAUUACAAUAAUCUUUAUUUGUAAAGCUCUUUCCGAAAGUCAAAUUACAGAUUUUAUAAUAACAAGAUGAAACUAAUUAGUGUGAGAGAAAAGAACUUACAGCAGGUCGUUCUUGAGAAAAUGGAAACAGAGAAACAGGAUUGUUCUUGUAUUGAAAAAUAACUCAUUAUAUUAUAAGUAUAAGUUUCACAUUGGACCAGAUAAACACACAGAGCAUCUGUGUCACUGCAGUUCCAUGCUAAUAAUGCUAAUAAUGCUAACCAUGCUAAUCCAGAGCUUGAACUGCUGUGUCCAGCAGGGGGCGGGGUUGAGCGACCAGUCAAUUUGAUCAACAGGGAAGUUUUCACACCCUUUCUGCUGUCGCAUAGCAUUCUGGGAAAUGUAGGAAAGUACUAAUUCAGGGAAAAGUGGGAUUCACAAAAAAAAACAAAAAACACUGGUUAUGAUUGAAUAUGUGAGGUUGGAUUUUUCCUGAUGAGUUGUUCAUAUCACAGCAACAAACACUAGAUGAGCCUGGAUUGCACUGCGACCAUGUACUGCCUUUUCUUAUUUAGUUAUUUUCACCUGCAUGAAGUUCAUAAUUUUCAUAAUCCUCUUAACGAUCAAAUGAAUGAAGCGCCCAAAAAAAGAAAAGGAAAAAAAAAGAAAAAGCAAUAUGGUGAUGAGCGGCAGGAGCACGUCGUCCGGCUGUCGUGGAUGUUGUGGCGUGAAAUCCUUCGCUGUUGAACACUGUGACCUUCGACCUUUUCACUCUGCCCUCUCCGCCUGUUGAUCGGCGCGUCAUGUCGAGCACUGUGAACUGAAAAAAAAAAAAAAAAAAGCUGUCUCGUUCCCCCUUAACGGUGUCGUAGUGAACGUCCGCCCUUCGCUCAUCUUGUUGGCGAGCAGCGAAGGCGUCAGGCUUGAUCCUCCAUGUGCCAAAAAUAACAAGGAAAGAGAGGAAAAGGUUUGUGUUCAGAUGAGUCCUCUGCCUUUUCACAGUGGGGAAAAAAACACGUUUGUAUGUUUACUGUUGUCGCAUUUUUCUGGAAAACUAAAAAACAUCAGAACACUAUGAAAAAAAUCCUCUGGACCCAGUUCCCUGUGGAGAAUUAGACUUGAAGAUGUUUGUCUGGAGCUGCAGGUGAAGCUGUUGUAGAAACUCCACUUUCAUGAAUCUAAAUCCUAUUUUUUCAUGUUUAUAUGUCUGUGAGGAUCAAACAGCUGGAGCGUCUCUGCCUUUUAAAACCAGGUUUUUAUUCCAAACAAACGCUGCAUCCGAGAGACGUUCACUGACAGACGCAUGUAGCAGCAAAUUUCUGGUUGAAUUAUAUGAAGGAAACCACUUGAAAGUCACGUUAUUAACCAAGUUUCAGUCACGAAAUGCUUUUAAUAGAGUGAAUACAAGUGAUCGACAGUGAGUUUUUGAUCCUGAUAAUGUGUAAGAACUUUGUUUCCUUCAACUGUUGCUCAACAUUUAACACCAGAUAUAUUUUUGCUCCCUUUGUUGAUGUUUCAGGGAUGAAAACCCUUUAAAAACCUUUUAAAAACCACUAUAUCUCUGGUGAACGCCCAACAAGGGACACAAACUUUCAUCAAAACAAUGUAGAGAAAUGAUUUUUUUUCUCUGUUAAAUGUAUUUAGACACAGUAAGUGGAAUAUAAGAGUUCCUCCUCCUUUCUUUCAUAGCAGAUGGACCUUGAAUGCAGCACGGUGACACAAAUUCACUAUAGAUUAUGGGCGAGAACUGAACCGUACAGAUUUUCUUAAAGGACCUAACCUUGUGUUAUUCUUUAUUUUCCUUAUUGUCAACAAAUCCCAAGAAAAGACACAAACCAACUAUGUGUUCGUCCGUCUCUCGACACUUAGAGACUCUAACUUGACAAUAAUAGAAAUAGAAUAUCAACAGACUUUUCCCAACAUAACUUGAACGCAGCAUCAGUUUCUUCACUGUGGUGUUUGUUUGGAACAAAAACUUUAUGAUUCUUUGGCGUUAUAAUUUAAAAAAAGAACAUAUUAACCAGAGACUCGGGGUUUCCUGCUGUGAACAGUUACUCUGGGGUUUCUGCAGCAGCUCCAUCUCUCACUGAAGUGUGCUGGUUUUCUCUGUCAGGUUUGAGAACGUAGGAUGGAUGUGCACACGAGUGGAACUUGUGAAUGAAUUCAUGAGCCUGCGAGCGUCUCUGUGCUGAUGAGGUUGAUGUUGGACUGGUCUGUGUGUCGUUGUAGACUCGUGUUGAAAUGACGUACCUUUUGUGAUUUGACCUGAUUCUGUGCGAGUUUGAACAAAAAAAAAAAAAGGCUGCGUUUACAAGAAAAAAAAAUCUAAAAACUGGAAGUCAGCUGGCGUGGUGUGUGUGUUUUAUUCUUAAUUUUUUUUUGUUUUGUUCCCCUGAACUGUGCUCGGGUGCCAUUUUCCAUUUUAACAAAGGAUAUCAGAACUUUUUCUAACUGCGAUCUCCUCUUUGAUUUACUUUUCCUACCUUUCCCAAGAACACAAACCCAUGUAGAAAACAAAACUGUCCUUGAUUAUGUCUUUGUUUAUUUAUUGAUUUGUAUAUAGAGAUUUUGUUUUGCAUUGUACAUUCUCUCCUUUCUUGGUUAUAGAUUAAUAUAUUCAUGUAUAUACGAAUAAACAUUAAGUUUAUAAAAGUACAAA